CAAGGUCCAACCACACCACAGACCAAAACACACAAAUCCUCCCUCACUCACCCCCCUCUCGCCGCCGGCGGCGCCGGCAGCAGUACACCAUGCUCCGCCUGCGCAAGUAUGUCCUCACCCAACUGCUCCCUUCUUCCUCCGCCUCCGUCUCCCCACUUCACCGCUUCAUCUCCGCCGUUUCCCCCAACCCUAGUAGCUUCGCCGUGAAGGACUACCUCGUCGCCACCUGCGGCCUCACCGAAGCUCAGGCCCUAAAGGCCUCCGCCAAGCUCACCCACCUCAAGUCCCCCUCCAACCCCAACGCCGUCCUGGCCUUCCUCGCCGACCUCGGCCUCUCCGGCGCCGAUGUCGCCGCCCUCGUCGCCAAGGACCCCCUGUUCCUCUGCGCCGGCGUGGAUAAAACCCUGGCCCCCGUCGUCGCCGGGCUCACCGGCCUCGGCCUCUCGCGUUCCCAGAUCGCGCGCCUCGUCCUUAUCACCGGCGUCCCCUUCCGUUGUAGAUCCAUCGUCUCCGGCCUGCAGUACUGCCUGCCCCUCUUCGGCUCCUCCGAGAACCUCCUUCGAGCCCUCAAUGGUGGAUCCUCCGUUCUCGGGUCCGACCUCGAGCGGGUGGUCAAGCCCAACGUCGCCUUCCUGCGCGAGUGCGGGCUAGAUGCUUGCGAUAUUGCCAAGCUCUACGUGCUUACACAAUCGCCGCUCAAAAUCAGCACGGAGCGCAUCCGGGCGGCAGCGGCGUGCGCCGAAGGCCUCCUUGGCGCGCCCCGCGGAUCUCCGAUGUUCAGGCAUGCGCUGCAAGCUGUUGCAUUCCUCAGCGAGGAGAAAAUCGCCGCCAAAGUAGAGCUCUUGAAGAAAGCAUUCAUGUGGACAGAUGCUGAGGUGGGCAUUGCUGUUUCUAAGGCUCCAUCGUUGCUGAGGAAGUCCAAGGAAUCGCUGCAGCCCAGGUCCGACUUCCUCAUCUCCGAGGUUGGGUUGGAACCAGCAUACAUUGCAAACCGACCGAUAAUGCUCACUUACAGUCUAGAGGGCCGGCUCAGGCCCCGGUACUACGUUCUAAGGUAUCUCAAGGAAAAUGGAAUUCUAGACCAUGGCCGGGACUACUAUUGUACACUCUGUAUCAGCGAGAAGGUAUUCAUGGACAAGUUCAUAUGUCCUCAUAAGGAAGCUGCACCCCACCUGGCUGAAGACUACGCCGAUGCUUGCAGAGGGGAAGUGCCCGCUAGAUUCAGAUUUGCAUGAACAACAAAGUAUGAAACUUGGUAUGGCAAUCACUCUGCGUGUUAGGCUGUUAUUAAUUCCGAGACGGUGAUCCUGGCCUAACUGAGUGAUGCCUGUCUUCUAUAGUAUGUCUGUUAGAUAUCCUAAUCCAGGAUCAAACCGAUAAUUCGAUUUGCGAGUCUUUGUAUGUUCAUUGCAUCAUUCAGUAGAGAAGAGCAUCACACUGCUAUCUUGUCCAUUCUCGUGUCAUUUUGACACACAUAUUGGAACUAAGAGUGUGAGAUCAGAGAAUAUGGCAUUCUACAAAUUGUUUCAAGUUUCA